ACCAAAAAUUAUUAGUUGAAAAAGAUAAAGAGACUGGUGUUAUACCAUUGUUAUUGUGUGUACAAAUUGGUCAUUUACAAUCAUUUCGAUUAAUAUUUAAACAAAUGUUAGGAUUGAAUGAUCCAUGGUGUGGCUAUCACGAACGUCUGGAUGAAAAAGUGAGGAAUCACAAGUCAAGUCAAUCUUUAAAAAAAUCUUCGAGUUAA